AAUUUUAUUAUUCAUUAAUAUUGUUUUUAAAGAAAAAUGUUGCGCUGAGUCUGUCGAAUAUUCAAGCUCCGAAAUGCCAAAUGCCCAUGACCGUUAAGUGUUAACUGCCGACAUCGACAUAUCCAGUCUUGGUGAAGAGUGUUGCCGGUGGUGAACUUUGUCUUUGUGUCAUCAGAAAUCAUAGAAUAAAAAUAAACGUAAUUUGAUUGUGCUGCUCGUUGGUGUUGAAUUUUCGCUACUAGUUUAAUUGUUAUGAUUUUUAUAUUAUAUUUGCUGUUUCCAAUUGAUUGGUUGUGCAAGGAUCGAAAUUUUUACUGAAUCAAGUUGUUCGAUAUGUAUUAAACCAUUAAUUAUUUCUAUGCUUGCCCAUUGGAUUUCUAUAAUACCCAGGUAUAAUGUAUAAUCUGCAAACUUUGUUUUUCUUGUCUCUGAACUAACAGAUAUGAUAUGGGGGAAACUCAAGAUACUGACACAAGUGCACUGAUUUCCAACAUAAAUGAUAUUACAAUACAAGAUCCAGUAGUUAGUAAUUMUGUUACUGAAAAUGAGCCUGAACCCAGUGGUUCAGAACAGGGAAGUUCUUAUGAAAUUUUAUUUGAUCAACUUAAAGAAAAUAAUAAACAUAUAUUUGUUUUAAGUACAGCUGGAAAACCUAUAUAUACACGGUUUGGAAAUGAAAACCAAAUGGCCUCCCUUUUCGGUUUAAUGAUAGCUUUAGUGUCAGUGACUCAAGAUUCAAAUGACACAUUACAGUCGAUUUGCUGUGGCCAGACUCGAAUAGUGUUUUUAAAUAAAGAUCCUAUUAUAUUAGUUGGUGUUUCUCAAUCUUCUGAACCUAAUGACCAAAUUAAAAAACAAUUGACGUAUGUCUAUAAUAAUAUAAUUAGUACAUUAACAUUAACCCAGUUAAAAAAAAUCUUCCACAAUAGAACUAAUUUUGAUUUGAGRCGAUUAAUGAGUGGAUCCGAAAGAUUGAUAGACAAGCUUAUAACAUUUACUGAAAAUGAUCCAGGGUUUUUAUUGGAUUCCAUAAGUUGUCUACAAAUGCCAUCAAGUAGCAGAGAUAAAAUAACUCAAACCAUACUGACUCAAUGCAGUAAAAUAAAAAAUUUAGUAUUUGGUUUAUUGAUUGCUCAAAAACACAUUAUAUCGAUUGUACGUAUGAAAAAAUACUCGCUGCAUGUUUCUGAUAUUCACUUAAUAUUAAACCUAAUCAAUUCAACAGAAUCGUUUAAAACAGCAGAGAGUUGGACACCUAUUUGUUUACCUACAUUCGAUUCUAGUGGUUACAUGCAUGCUCAUAUAUCAUAUCUGGCAGAGGAUUGUCAAGCAUGUCUAGUGUUGUUAACCAUUGAUCACAAUCUUUUUUUUGCUCUAUCUGAUGCCAAAAGAAAAAUCACAGAAAAAAUGCGUUGCAAUGAUUGUCUUCAUACAAUCAACGAGGCAAUCAUUCGCCAACCCGUCAGCUUAGCACGAGCAAAUAUUAUAGGAUUACGGCAUCUUUUAUACAAGAACAAAAACCGCUCACAACAUUGGUGUCCUCCAUUUACUUCUCCAUACAAUACCGACACACUACAACAAAACCUUAUGUCAGUAUAUAGUUCAUUAAUCAGCCAAAUGAAUUUCCCUGGGCGUACAUUGAAAGUGAUUUUUCAACAAUUAACUGCUGAAACUAUGCUUGCUUGGGCAACUGACGAUGUUGAAUUGUAUAUGAGUUUUGAGCCACUAGUUUCUAAAGAAAGUGCAACAAAUGCAGUAACUAAACUAAUGCAAUGGAUGAAAAAAGAAGAGGAUUCAUUGUUUAUAUUUAAUAUUCCAAUGUUUUAAAUCAGCCAUCAUAUGAAAUUGAUUCCAGAAUAUGUGAUAAUAUUAAUUAUAAUAUUAAUAGAUAAUAUUUAUAUAUAUGAUUAUUGAUUAUAUUUAAGAAUUAUAAAUAAUGGUCUUACAUUUUCAACUUUUUAAGUUUCUCAACACUA